AUGGCGCAGAAGACCGUGAUCCUCUACCCUUCGCUGGGAGUCGGCCAUCUGAACCCCAUGGUGGAGCUGGCCAAGGUCUUCCUCCGCCGUGGCCUAGCCGUCAUCAUCGCUGUCGUCGAGUCGCCAGACAAGGACUCCGUGUCGGCCGAGGCGCUGGCCCACCUCGCCGCCGCCAACAUGGACAUCGCGUUCCGCCGCCUCCCAGUCCUGUCCCGCGGCACGGAAUCUUGCUCUCACCCGGUCAUGCGCACCAUCGACGUGCUCCGCGUCGCCAACCCCGUGCUUCUGGGCUUCCUGCGUACGCUCACCGCUGUCGACGCCAUCGUGCUCGACAUGUUCUGCAUGGGCGCGCUCGACGUCGACGCCGAGCUCAACAUCCCGGCGUACAUCUUCUUCUCCUCCGCGCUAGGCGAUCUCGCCAUCAUGCUCCACAUGCCGUACUACUACCCUACCGCUCCGUCCUCGUUCAAGGACAUGCCCAAGACCGUGCUGCACUUCCCUGGCGUGCCACCGAUCCGCGCGCUCGACAUGGGGGCGGCGAUGCAGGACCGGGACAGCGACGUCGCCAAGGCACGGCUGUCCCAGUGCGCGCGCAUGAUCGAAGCGAGGGGCAUUCUCGUGAAUAGCUUCGACUGGCUGGAGGCACGGGACCUGGAAGCGCUCAGCCGUGGCCUCUGCACGCCGGGGCGCUCGGCUCCGCCAGUUCACUGCAUCGGACCGCUGGUCCUUCCCGGAAACAGGGGAGGGGCCAGCGAGAGGCACGCGUGUCUGGAAUGGCUGGACACCCAGCCCGACCAGAGCGUCGUUUUCCUCAGCUUCGGCAGCCUGGGGAGGUUCUCGGCGCCGCAGCUGAGAGAGAUAGCACGUGGGCUGGAGAACUCCGGGCAGAGGUUCUUGUGGGUCGUUCGGAACCCGCCUGAGCACCGGAGCAACUCCGUCGUGCCGGACCUGGAGUCGUUGCUUCCUGAGGGUUUCUUGGAGCGUAGAGCGAGGUGCUAUGGCACCGAUCCAUCGAAGAUGAAUAAGGUGCACAUGGUGGAGGAGCUGAAGGUUGGCGUGGUGAUGGAGGGGUACGAGGAGGAGCUGGUAAAGGCGGAGGAGGUGGAAGCAAAGGUGAGACUGGUGAUGGCGUCUGGGUCCGGCGACGGGAAGGAGCUUAGGCAGAGGCUCUUGACGGCCAUGGAGAUGACCGUAGAGGUUCUCAAGGAAGGUGGCUCAUCUGACCUGGCGUUUGACGCGUUCUUGACAGACUUGCUAAAGAACACCUGUACGGGGAAAAGUGGCUUGUGA